CAGUCUCUAUCAGUGAUUCAUAAUACAGACUGUACAGCAGUAUAUCUACAUGUCUUAGAUAGUCUAGCUGACAUAUUCACAGUAGGUCUAGUACAGGACAUACGGGUAACUGAAAUUGGUAUCAGACGUGAUCAUGGCUGUAACUUGGGGAGAACGGAUGCUCUCGGUUGUUCAUCGUUGUGAUGCUUUUAAUCAAAGAUUAUCAAAGGAUGACUGUAUACCUUUCUGUAUUGGAAGUGAACAGUAUGGGUUAGUACGAGAGGAUUGUUGGAGAGAGUUAGCCAAGUUUCCUGACGUAUUUGUGGUUGAUGGGAAAGAGAAGGUUGUCAAACUAAGUGAGCAACUGGGAACUGUGGAGAAACGGACAGAAAAAGUGAAUGAAAUUUUAAUGAAAUUAAGAGAAGACGAAGUGUUUCACUGUUUGAAAGGAUGGAGAAAUGAAAUGUAUCCUGUCAGCAAGUCUUACCAUGCACCACCUGUUUUUCUCAUUGAGCGAGCAGGAGCGGGUCUUCUUGGAAUCAAGCAGUACGGGUGUCAUCUAAAUGGCUACUUUCAUACAGAUGAGUCUUUGCUUAUGUGGAUUUCAAGGCGAAGCCUUAACAAACCGACAUUUCCAGACAAAUUAGACAAUCUGGCUGCUGGGGGCUUGCCUGUUGGUAUGAAGGUUAAAGAUAACAUUGUGAAGGAAUGCUACGAGGAAGCAGCCAUUCCAACAGAUGUCGCCUCGAGAGCAAUAUCCGUAGGUUCUAUCAGCUAUUUCUUUGAAGACGAGAGAGGAUUAUUUCCUGAGACGCAAUUUUUGUUUGACUUGGAGUUAGCACCAGACUUCAAGCCAGUUGCCAAUGAUGGAGAAGUGGAGCAGUUUUACUGCUGGCCUCUUGAUCAAGUAAAAGAGGAGAUCUCUAGUGGCAGUUUCAAGCCAAAUUGUGCAUUAGUGGUACUGGAUUUUCUUAUUCGGCACGGCUAUGUUACAGCUGAUAAUGAACAGUUGUAUGAAGUCCUUGUCACAUCGUUGCAUCGAAUACACCCGUUCUGAAUAUUGCAAUAGGUAGCAAGAUUGACUCUAUAAAUGUGGCUUACAUGGAGGUAUGCUAUGAAGACAUGGAUGGCAGAUGUCUAGGUACUAGACAAUUGACAUAGGAAGAUAGACUCUGCUGUUGUAGGAUAUUACUUUUGCUGAUUGC